GAGUACAGAGCAAACAAUUGCGGAAUAAUAACUUUGAGGAACGUUUAUUUUGAAAUCCAGCUUCUCGAACCGGAAGUGCCUGUCCGUUGGCCCAGAAUCAGUUUCCGGUGAUGUGAUGCUGGAAGAAUUGUGAAUUUGGUGCUUUUCAUGCACAUUGGAAGAAGAAGCACGACUGUUUUUUGUUGUUUUUUAGAUUAUCUGACGCAUAUAUCUGAACACAGGAGUGAACGAGAGCCGCUCGAUGUGACUGUGGCACACGUCGACCAUGAGUAACAGUCACCCUCUGCGUCCACUGGCCUCCGUGUCGGAGAUCGACCACAUCCACCUGCUGUCGGAGCAGCUGGGAGCCCUGGUGCUCGGUGAAGAGUACAGCGACGUUACCUUCAUCGUGGAGGGGAAGCGCUUCCCUGCGCACCGGGUCAUCCUGGCAGCGCGCUGUCACUACUUCAGGGCUCUGCUGUACGGUGGGAUGAAAGAGUCCCAGCCCCAGGCCGAGGUGUGUCUGGAGGAGACGCGGGCCGAAGCCUUCUCGAUGCUGCUAAACUACCUGUACACGGGCAGGGCCAGCCUCAGCUCUGCCCGGGAGGAGGUGCUGCUGGACUUCCUGGGCCUGGCUCACCGCUACGGCCUGCAGCCACUGGAGGACUCCACCUCCGAGUUCCUGCGCACCAUCCUGCACACCAACAACGUCUGCCUGGUCUUUGACGUGGCCAGUCUCUACUCUCUGAGCGCGCUCAGUGCGGCCUGCUGUGCUUACAUGGACAGACACGCACCCGAGGUGUUGAAUUCUGACGGCUUCCUCUCGCUCUCCAAGACCGCUCUUCUGACCGUGGUCAGCAGAGACUCAUUUGCCACCAGCGAGAAGGAGAUCUUCCAGGCCUUGUGUCGCUGGUGCCGGCAGCACGAGGAGGGGGCUGACACGCAGGAAGUGAUGUCAGCGGUGCGGCUGCCUCUCAUGACCCUGACGGAGAUGCUGAACGUGGUGCGACCGUCCGGCCUCCUCAGCCCAGACGACCUGCUGGACGCCAUUAAGACCCGCUCCGAGAGUCGCAACAUGGACCUGAACUACCGCGGGAUGCUCAUACCAGAGGAGAACAUCGCCACCAUGAAGUACGGAGCUCAGGUGGUGAAAGGGGAGCUGAAGUCGGCGCUGCUGGACGGGGACACCCAGAACUACGACCUGGACCACGGCUUCUCCAGACACCCCAUCGAGGAGGACGGCAGGGCCGGGAUCCAGGUCAAACUGGGCCAGCCGUUCAUCAUCAACCACAUGCGUCUCCUGCUGUGGGACAGAGACAGCCGGUCGUACUCCUACUACAUCGAGGUGUCCAUGGAUGAGCUGGACUGGGUGCGUGUUGUGGACCACUCCAAAUACCUGUGCCGCUCGUGGCAGAAUCUGUACUUCACGCCACGAGUUUGCAGGUAUAUUCGCAUCGUGGGAACACACAACACGGUCAACAAGGUCUUCCACCUCGUGGCUUUUGAAUGCAUGUUCACAAACCACCCAUUCACCCUGGAGAACGGGCUUGUGGUGCCCAGUGAGAACGUGGCGACCAUCGCGUCCUGUGCCAGCGUCGUCGAGGGCGUGAGCCGCAGCAGGAAUGCCUUGCUCAACGGUGACACGCGAAACUACGACUGGGACUCCGGAUACACCUGCCAUCAGCUGGGCUCAGGAGCCAUCGUCAUCCAGCUGGCUCAGCCCUACUCCAUCGGCUCCUUGAGGCUGCUGCUCUGGGACUGUGACGAGCGCUCCUACAGUUACUACAUCGAGGUCUCCACCAACCAGCAGCAGUGGACGAAGGUGGUCGACCGCACCAGGGUGGCGUGUCGAUCAUGGCAGACCUUGAAGUUCGAUAAGCAGCCUGCGUCCUUCAUCCGUAUUGUUGGGACUCACAACACUGCUAAUGAGGUCUUCCACUGUGUUCACUUCGAGUGUCCGGCCCAGCUCAACGCCGAGGUGAACGAAGGCAGUCCGGGCCUAAACUCCUCCGACUCUGGCUCCGCCCCCCAGCAACCGCGACCCCAGCGACCUUCACGCACACACAGCCUGCUGCCUUCCCAGCCCUCCUCCACCUCAUCGUCGUCCUCGCAGUCCCAUCCUUAAGAGGAGGGGGUGGGGGGGACCUCACAAUGCCAUUUUGCACAGCCGUCAUCAUCCAGACUGCACUGCUACAACGCUGCUAACGUCCGGCGAUCGUCUCAUUGUCAUUACCCAUGGUCCCUCUGUCAUAAGUGCAACAUUAGAGACUGGUUUAUCUGUAGCAGCAGCAUCUAGGGCUCCAGUCUUCCCAGUUCUGAAACUGAUAGUUGGGUGUUAACAUCCACUGGUUCAUGCAUUUUUGUGAAGGUACUUUUUUAGCUACUAAGACUCGAGUUUUAUCCCUUCAAAACCAAGUGGAAACUUUACUUCUCCAAAGAUGAGGCACACACUGAAACGUGGUUUUCCCAACCACCAAAGAGCAGUAAGACCAGGGUGUGGGGGGGCGGGGGGUUGCUAUCUGAAUUUUACGAGUUAAUAUUUCCAAAAGAAGUGGAUUUUAUCCUUAAACAAGCUAUUUUUUUAAGAAACUGUCUUAAACGGACUCUACUCACUUUUCAUACCAUCGAGCUAACGGAGUAGCAGUCGAGUAUUUUUCAAACUUUAGACUUUAAUUCUCGAAAGGGUUUUGCCAAAGCUGUGGAGCUAACGCAUUCUGUGGCAUUUGUAUGCAAAUAGCACUUAAUCCAAUUAUGCAUUUGCAUAUUAAGUAAUAGCUGUUUGAGUAUUUGUUCACAGGUUUUCACACCUGAAACGAAAAAACCUCUGGUCCUAUUCUGGUGUGACGUUUUUGAUAGUUAGAAUUCAUACCUCAAGAAAACAAAGAAACACCUCACUAAAACGAAAGAUAGAUUUAAUUAAGUGUCUUAAUUCAGCAUUUUAAGCACUUGAAUAGCUUAGCACAAAUGAUUGGGGAAAUCAAUUAGUUGAACAUUGAGGCGGACCAAAUUAUGUAUGCACUAGAGCUGCCAGGAAGAAAGUUUCUAUACCGUAGAUACAUGAGCAGCUGCUAUUGGCACUUUAUUUUUCUUUACUCAAGUAGACAGAAAUAAAGGUUGCAGCUUGGGUCUUCUGACUGAAGAACAGUACCGGGUGCUGGAUCUGGUAUCUUUGUGUUUGUGUGUGAAAUGAAUUGAAACACUUCCUCGCUCUCGGACGUGUCAGGUUUGAGUCUUUUGUGUGUUUUUGUAGGUUUGUUUUAAAUGAAUCUCUCAGUGUACAGAAGUCCUGAAAGGCAAGUGCUUUUUUUUUUUUUUUUUUUUUUUGGCUAGGAUCAUUAUUUUUCCAAAUGUUUUUUUCAUCAUUAUAAAACCCCCCGAGAGGCCACUGAUGAUUUAUUUUAUUUAUUUUUUUUCUGGGGAAAAAAACCCUUCACUGGCCUUAAAGGACACUACGGAAGCCCAGAAAGGCUUUUCUUUCUUUUUAUCCCAGGAUCAUCUUUUUUUUUCGGCUGUAAAAACAUUGUCAUGAAAUGAAAUGCAAGUGAAAAGAAUAUUUUUUUGGGGGGGGGGCAAUCAUUUUCAUUUUUAAGUUGUUAACAAAUAUUCCCCCCCCCCAGGAAAACAAAGAAAUCACUUUCCUCUCGGGGUGUUUAUAACGAUGUUAAAAAAUGAUCCUGGCAAAAAAAUAAAUUGCCUGGCCUUCCUGGGCCUCCGUACGCUGCUGUGCUUCCUGUUUGUUUCCUUCGUGUCCUGAUGUUGCACUUUUGAGUUGUCUUUUAUUUUGAAACCUUUUGUUUGAUGUUAAAUAAUCUGAAUUACCUUAACGACACUGAUGUUUCUAUAAACCUCCUCUAGUCAUCCAUCUAUGUUUUAGAAGAUUAGCCAUUGGUUGGAUUAAGUCUUCUUUAAUAACCAGAGGACUGAAUUGGGCCGUUGUUCAGGUUACACUGUAAUGUAGAGAACACACUCCCCACCCCCAUCUAACUUUAUGUAUGUGUAUAGUUUGAGCUAAUAUAUAUAUUUGUUUUGACCAUUGACGUGUGAUUGCAUUUCACUGCCUCUUGUUCAGAACAUUGCCUGUCAAAAAUGUGAUAAUGGAAACAACUGACAUUGUUCAUUAAUGUUUAUUGCUGCUUGCCUGAAUCACUGCUGUCGAACACAGCGGAGGUCUUUGAUACAAGCAAUACAGCGAUGUCUGUCUUCUCUCUAGUCCUGAGAGCUUCUGUCACAGUGCUCAUCAUGAUCCGGUCACUGCUACAGACAUUUAACAUCUUCUCAUUUUGGAGCUCAGAAGUCAGAUUUGACUCGUUUCUGUCGCCUCAGUCAUCAUCUUGUUUGUCCACAGUAACAGUGAGAGGGUUUAAACGGAGCAGUGGGACAGAAACCUGAGUUCACCUGCUCAACUGAUGUGGAAACACUCAUAUUUAACCUGUGUGGUAUUUGUCUGUAAAUUAAUGUAAUAACUGAUCAAAGGCAUAAUUGUUAUUGGGCAUUUUUACGGGCGAAGCAGCAAACUGUCCCGGGGCCCGACUCCUCAGCGAGCCAGAAGCUAACUCUUCCCCAAGGUGGCUUUUGUGGUCAUUUGAAUAAGGCGCAUCACCUGCAUCAUUACCUGAUGUGGACACUGUCCUGUAGAGAUAAAAUCUGGUUUAAAAGCCGCUAUCAUUUCAUUUUAUCUUGUGCUACCUGAACUUAAAUCUGCCAUAAGACGACCCUUAUGAAGGAUUUCUGAAUGUGAUUCAGCAGUUCUCAACCUUUUCCAACUCAGGGCCCCAUAAAAUCUUUAACAUGUUUGCAGCCCACAUUCGACCACAUAGUGAUACGGAGGCCAAAUAAAGCCAGGUUGCAAAUUAUUUUGAAAGUUCCUUUUGUUUCCAAACAUUUGAAAAUAUGAAUUAUCUUUUUUAUUUACAUCUUUUCACCAAAAAUUGUUCUGUUUUGCAAACGAUUUGUCGGCCGACUUGCAAUAAUUAUAGUUUGUUGUUCUAAUUAACUUAACACUUUAUAAAUCAUCUAUAAGCUACUAUUACACAUUAGAUAAAGAGGGCAACAGUGACCUGUUGCUUGCCAAAUAGUGAGUCCACAUGUAUCUGAACUGUUCAGCCUCAUAUCUCUUUGUUUUCUCCAUCAUCAGCAUCUGUACCUGCUGCUUCUUCAAGUUUGUUGUUUGGUGACGUGUUUUACACUUUACAAUAAGGCUCCUCUUACCGUUUAUAAAUGGUAGUAACUCAUUAGUAAGAUUAAUGAGUAGUAAGCAAUACCUUCAUCUUGCCAAAUAGUGAGCCUGCAUCAAUGUAUGAAAACUGUGUUAUAACUUGUUUAUAAUUGUUUAUUUAUGUUUUAUGAAGUGUUAAUUGGAUUAAUAAGCUAAUUAUUAACCAUUCCUAAACCCUUUAUAAGGGUAGCAGGGUAGAUAGCUCCCAACUUUACAGUUUCAUUUCACUCUCAUCAGCGUCACUUCUGUCUGUUUUCAGUUCAGUUUAUUUAUUUAAUAGGGACGAUGCAAUUUAACAGUUUGAAAACAAGGCGUGAAAUGAAUGUGUUCCACAAAGAGUUUAUAGCUGUUGCUAUUUCUCCACCACUGUCCCUUCUUGGCCUUUUACAUGUUUGCUGUAGCAAAAUCAACACAAUUGAUAAUAUCCUACAAUGAGCUAAAAAUAUAAAGAUGUUUAGUCUGAAAAGAGAGGAAAAAAACUGGGGCAGCUAAUUUGGCAGAAGUUAACCUUUGUUGUAAAGGAAUUUAUAUCUGGAGUUCAUUUGAGAGUCGGGGGCCAGCCCUCAAAGUUUGGUGGAGGCCAAAUUGGAGCUCAAAGGAGAGUAAAUAUUGGACUUCAGGUCAUUAGGUCACCUGAAACGCACCUUAAUGAAUGCUAAUGUAGCUCUUUGAACCAAUCAGUGGUGGUUUAAUCAACUAGAACCAUCACAAACAAACUAUUAUAUCAUACAAUGAACAGAGGUGCUAGGAAAACAGCUGCCACAGCUUAUUUUUGCCAUGUAGAGUAACCUGCUGCAUUUUAAUGUGAAUGAGGUUUCCUUUCAGUGACCACAGUCACGUCUUCAAUGUCAGUCCUCCUGUUAGAUAAAAUGAUAAUGUUGUGAUGUAAUCUGGUUUCAGGUUGAUUUUAUUUUCUUUUGUUAAUUACAGACGUCUUGGGGAGUUAAGUCUGUCUCUGUAAUCUGGUAAAAACGGAUUACAAUAAAACCAGUGAUCAAAGCAAGUCCGAUCUGA